GGAACACGGAGACCAAGCUUUCCAGUCAGACAUGAAGAAGCUUGUUUGUCCGAAUGGAAAUACUCUAACUGAACGCUUCCGAGGCACUGGGAAUCCUGACUGAUCGACCGAUAGGUGCUUGGAGAAAGAACAAAAUGGCAAGAAGCAACCGUACCAUGGUAACUGAAUUUGUCCUCAUGGGGUUCACAGAUCGCCCCGAGCUACAGCUUCCCCUCUUUGUGGUGUUCCUGGCAAUUUAUCUCAUCACCCUGGUGGGAAACCUUGGCAUGAUCCUGCUCAUCAAGGUGGAUUCGCGGCUCCACACCCGCAUGUACUAUUUCCUCAGCCACUUAGCUUUCAUUGAUUUUUGUUACUCCUCUUCAAUUGGGCCCAAGAUGCUACAAAAUUUAUUGGUGAAGAAAAAAACCAUCUCCUUUUUGGGCUGCUUUGCCCAGCUCUACUUCUCCAGUGCUUUUGCCACCGCCGAAUGCUUCCUCUUGGCCACAAUGGCCUAUGACCGCUACAUGGCCAUCUGCAACCCCUUGAUUUACACAGCCAUUAUGACUCAGCGGGUCUGCAAGGAGUUGGUGAUCGGGGUCUAUACCUAUGGCUUCCUAAACUCUGUGAUACAGACCAUUCUGACUUUCCAGUUGUCUUUCUGUGACUCCAACAUCAUCGACCAUUUCUAUUGUGCUGACCCCCCUCUCCUCACCCUCUCCUGCUCCAACACCCACAACAAAGAAAAGCAGCUCUUGGUCUUCUCUGCAGUAAAUCUCACUAGCUCCCUCCUGACUGUCCUCAUCUCCUACAUUUGCAUCCUCUUUUCAAUCAUAAAAAUCCAGUCUUCCGAAGGCAAGUGCAAAGCGUUUUCCACCUGUGCCUCCCACCUCACAGUGGUCAUCAUCUUCUAUGGAACGCUCUUUUUCAUGUACCUGCAGCAACCUAAAGCAGAGAAUUCCUGGAAGCACAACCAAGUGGUCUCUGUGUUUUACAGUCUUGUAAUUCCCAUGCUCAAUCCUCUGAUCUAUAGCCUGAGAAACACAGAAGUAAAGGACACCCUGAGGAAGAUGCUAGAGGGCAAGAAGUCAUAGUGGGUUAUCAGAAGGAAGCACUGGGAAAGUAUCUCAUACUGACAUGGUCUGUAUACUCAGUCUCUUGAAAUUUAGCAGGCCAGUUGCCAUCCAAUCAAGAAAAACAGUCAAUCCAAUCUGGAUUCUUUAAAGACCCAAAAUACUGGACCGUUUGUUUGAGAUAGUACUAUUUAAUCUAACCAAUUAUCCUGGACUAAUCAGAAUAGAUUUACAAACUAGACUGUUAAUAACAUCCUAUGUUGAAAAUGAAGUAGCUUAUUAACAAUUAGGUAAUCAAGUGAGAAAUUCAAAAAGAUCCUAAAAAUAAUGGUCAGGGUGAAAUUUAACAAAAGCCAACAAAUUGUAAUUGAAAUUAACAAAGCUGGGUACAAAACCCACACAUGAAAAUCAAUGUUCUUAGAACAUUUUUCUGCUUACAAACAGGCUAUAUUGUAGAAAAUCACUUGUUAAUCUUAAAACAUAACAUAUUGCUAAAGAUGUUAACUUUUGAGACCGAAUCACAGAAAGCAAAUUUAAUCUAAAUGUAGUUGAAAUACUGCAUGCUUAAGAUGAACAGUAGAAAAAGUAGUAUUAUAGCAAUAAUGGGGGAUAAAAACAGAAAAACUAUGAAUCAGUUAAAUGGGGGCUUUAUUUUAUGGUUUGUUUAGAAAAGAAAGUAUAAUUAGAAGAGAUAGAGUUUAGGCUACUUUCAGAGAUGUUCAAAGUGGUCAUUUAUGCAACAGGCAGGAUUUAAUUUUUCUAGUUUCUGGAACAUGCAACUGCAGUAAUUUUUAGGGGGAAUGGUUUGGGAAGGAAGGAGUCACAUAUAAGUUUAAACAAGGGAAAGAAAAUUAAGAAGAAAAAUAAAAAGAAAGAGGGAGAGUUUCCUAGGGUAACCAGGUUGAGUAUGAAUAUUUCUGAGAAAUGAAAUUGUUGUCUUAAUUAUUUAAAUGAUCUAGAGAAAUACUUAGUUUUGCAACAUUUUUCCAUGUUUUUUAUUUCUAUUUUCAGAUUUGAUAGUCCAACUUUGUGAGAGAUAAAUCUAUAUAAUGUCUUCCUGUUAAUGAAGAUAAGUAAAGAAAAAUGUCUUAAUUUUUUUUGUAGGCAGGAAUAUGAGCACGCUAUGGUCUUUCCAAGCCUCUAUUCUAACGCUUCUUCCCAGAUAAUUCUUAAGACACACAAAUCUACCACAAACCAUUAGAUUUCCUCCCCUAAACUCUUUUCAAAUGUGAUUAUUAUUUUGAUUUUUAAAAAUAGCUAGGAACAUAUAUCACCAAUCAAUUAUGUUUAAAGUAUGUUUAAAAUUAAUCAAGGAGUGGGGAGGUAUAGCUCAAGGGGGAGGGUAUAGCUCAGUGAUAGAGUGGAUACUUAGCAUGAAUGAGGUCCUAGGUUCAGUC